AAAAAAAAAAAAAAAAAAAAAAAAAAAAAAAAAAAAAAAAAAAAAAAAGCCCCCCAUUUGAAUUGAUUGCGCUAGGUCUCAGCAGUGCCCGGCGCCUCCUUCAGGGACUUACGAAAUACGCUAAUUAAACAAUACACCUUGUUCACCACGGUAACAAUAGGCUUAUCGACCCUUUUCUAUUGUUCGAUCUCGACUCGGGCGCGCUAUUGUGUUACCGAGCAUACUACCUGCCUGGACCCUUUCCUUAACCCACCGACGUCUCCAUUCAUGUCUUCUUUAUGUGUGUAUACUGUAGGUGUUUGUGAUAGGUAUUUUGCAAUAGGUAUUAGCGACAGCUAUUUGCAAUAGGUAUUAGCGAUAGGUACUUAUUUGUGAUGCAUAGGUACUCUAACUAUCAACUCUAAUAACCCGCAUUAUCUUAUUACCUCUUGGAGCUAUUUCGAUUUAUAAGGAAUACAGUUCUAACCUUCUUCUGACGUAGAAUUUACACUAGUAAUCCUUUGGCAGCCUAAACUAACCUUAACCUUUUACCAAACCUAGCUUAUUCUUCGAAAACCUAACCUAAACCUAACUUGACCAAACCUAACUAAAAUCAACCUAACUCAUUUCAAACUAACCUGCUUUCACCUAGUCUUCCGAUAUAAAGUAAACUCGUAGUUACUUGUUUCUUUCUAUUAUUUAAAAAAAUAACGAGGCGUGUGAGGCAUUUCUUGUGCACUUGUGUUCAUUGUUAUAAUAGCUUAAUUGUUUUAUUGAUAGACGUCUAUUAUAUUUUAUACUGACAAUGGAUUUAUUGCUUCCUAUACCUAUUCUUUUAUAAUUUGGGUUUGAGUAAAGAGAACGUCUGUUUAGAUGAACUUGUUGAUACAUGUUACUUUGUGUGAUUUAAAAAAAAGAACGAGACAUGUCAACUGGUUUCAACAUGAUUUAGUCUAAUACAUCAACAUUUCUUGUGCGUUGCUAUUCAUUGUUAUAACAGCAUAAUUGCUUUAUUAAUAGACGUCUAUUAUAUUUUAUGCUGACAAUGGAUUUAUUGUUUCCUAUACCUAUUCUUUUAUAAUUUGGGUUUGAGUAAAGAGAACGUCUGUUUAGAUGAACUUGUUGAGACAUGUUACUUUGUGUGAUUAAAAAAAAAAGAACGAGACGUGUCAACUGGUUUCAACAUGAUUUAGUCUAAUACGUCAACAUUUCUUGUGCGUUGCUAUUCAUUGUUACAACAGCAUAAUUGCUUUAUUGGAAGACAUCUAUUAUAUUUUAUACCGACAAUGGAUUUAUUGUUUCCUAUUAUGCUUUUGAAUUUGGGUUUUAGUAAAGAGAGCGUAUGUAUUAGAUGAACUUGUUGAGACAUGAUUUUAACGGUACUGUACCCUGGUCAUAGUGACACAGUAUAAAAGCCGAAGAGAAAUGAGUUUGAGUAAGUAUUACCGUCGUGGCAGUCCACUGUAUCAGAGCUCCUUGUAUCUAUUGCAGUAUAUAGAAAUAUAGUGUUAAUUCAACAGUGAAGUGUUUAAGUGUUUAUAGAAAGACCCAACAAUGGAUGUAAGUAUGUCUUUUAUUACCGUAACUUACUUUGUUUUGUUUUCACUUGUGUUCUUUGUGUUUUAAUUAUAAAGAUUGUAGACAGUGUGUAAAUUAUUGUUUUAUAUUGUUUCAGUUCACUGAAAAUACUUUCAAGAACUAUUACUACCCGGAUAAUAAUAAAGACGAAUCAAGCGAUGAAGAGGGUACGCUUGGUUUCAAAGUUAAACAAGCCAUCGCAAAGAAACGUUCAGGAAACAAUAUCGAUAGUUUCUUUGAACGACCUAAAAAGCAACCCAAAAUUGUGAAACGGUCUUCGAAUGUGAGCAAAAGUUCACCAGACGGUGUUGCAAACUUAUCAUCCGGACAAGACGACGGGGCAUAUGCAUCACAUUUGAUUAAAAUCGAGAUAUAUGAUAUGCAAACAAUUAAAAACAUCCCACCCAUGGAACACUGGAAGCAUGCGGACUUCAGAUUGAAAUAUUUUGCGCUGGAAGACGAUUUGGAGCUACAAAAUACGCGAAAUAUUAUUUAUAACAUAACAAAGCAAUUAGCUUCUAAGGACAGUAGUGUGAAAUAUUUUAUAGAUAAUAAGAAACAGUGAUAGUUAUAAUUAUUAAUGAUAGUAGUAGCUUAAUGAUUGUGUUAACGUAUUUCUCAUUUUUUACCUCUCCUUAAGUACAUUUUCCAUGUAACAGAUUAUUUUUAUUGUAUAACAUUACAACAAGUUUUAAUUUAAACUUCUCACUUGUAAAGGUUACAGUCCCCACUCUUAGAAAUCUUAUACGUGUAGUCAACUAUUUAAAUGAAAGAAAGCACUGUAUGAUUUCUCAUUUCAUAAUGGACUCUUUGAGCUGUGAUGUCUACGAUCUUGAACUUAUCAGACUCUGUGAAGAAAUAGAAGAAAAUGAAGAUCUAUGCGAGGCUGCCCGUCUUGUGAGCCAACUUCAUCGAGAGGCAUCUUCUCAAAUAGGACGGGGAGUAAAAAGAACAGCUGCAGUUUUGGAGACUGAAGAAGUCUUGUCGAAGAAAAACCGUCCAGCAGCUGCUGAACCUGUUGCAUCAACAUCAUCCGAACCAGUUCCCGAUAUCAUUGUGAGUACAAAUAAUAAUCAUGAAAUUGAAUGUUCUGUGUGUAAUAAGUUUGUCUCUAAAAGAUAUUUUAAAAAUCAUUUAAAUAGUAAUCUUCACAAAAAUAAUGUUUUAAGGGCUGACAUUGAAUGGGUUAAUGUUCAGUUAAUUGAAAAUGCUUUUAAGAAUAGGGUGGCCACUUACAGAAUACUAUUAAAUGAAAAUGUUCACCAACCAUUUACUCCCGAAUCUAUUUUACUAGGAAAUAAAGAUAAAAUCUUUGCAUUAUUGGAUCGUUCCCUCACUGAUCACCAUGCUUUAAAAGUAAACUUUAUUUUAAAUGCGGAUUUUACUCAAGAGACCAAACAAGUAAAUAAUACAUUUGAUUUCCAAUUAUGUAACAAUGUAGUUGAUGUUAGUAGCGACAAAGAUGAGAUUUUCGAGUCAGUUGUUAAAGAUAUAUUAACAAAAUUAUUUAACUUUGAGAGAAAAGAUAGUGGAUGGAGUUUAGUAAAAUUUAACUAUCUAGAUGUCAAUGUAAACAAAUUUAAUCCAUUGCGUGGUUCUUCCUAUAUCGAAUUACCACGUGAUAUUCAGAACAGAAAAGCAGUUAUUAAUGUAAAAAAUAGUGAUCAUGAAUGUUUUAGAUGGGCUGUAUUGUCAGGGUUGUAUCCACCUACAAGUCAUCGUUCAAACACUACGAAAUCGUAUAUAGCGCAUAAAAAUAAAUUAAAUUUUGGAAAUUUAACUUUCCCACUUAAAGUUGGAGAUAUUCAGAAAUUUGAAAAAAUGAAUGAUAUAAGUAUAAACGUUUUUGGUCUUGAAUACAAUUCGAAAAGUAAAAUACAUGACGUAGUAGGCCCAUUACACUUAACAAAGUGCAAAAAAGCUACCCACUUGAACUUAUUGUACAUAUCCAAAGACAGUAAGGGGCAUUAUUGCUAUAUCAAAAAUUUAUCUAGGUUAGUAUCCAAACAAUUAUCAAAUACACAGCAUGCCGCACAUAUUUGUGAUGGUUGUUUGACGAACUUUACAACUCGUGACAAUUUAAUGAAUCAUCAAAGAAACGAUUGUUUCCAUGUUUGUACACAUUUACCUUCAGAACAGGAUAAAAAGAAAAACUGGUUCAAUGAAAACGUUUCCUCCAAUAUACUUACUUUCGAUAAUUAUGAACGUAAAUUAAGGGUACCUUUUGUUAUUUAUGCUGAUUUCGAGGCCUUUCUAAACCCGAUUCAAACAGGUAAAAUUAAUCCUACUACAUCCUCAACAACAAAUAUACAAAAACAUGAGGUAUAUAGUUUUGGAUACUAUAUUAAAUGUUCUUAUAAUGAUAAAUUGUCAGUGUACAGAACAUAUAAAGGCAAAAAUUGCACCCAGGAAUUUAUGAAGUAUAUGGAACAAGACUUAAAGGCCAUUUGUAGGAGAAAUACUUUUGUAAAAACUCCAUUGCCUUUAUCUAAUGCAAAUAAUGUGCAUAUUUCUCAGAGUAGUACAUGUUAUAUUUGUGAUAAAAAUUUAAACGAGGAUUCAGUCAUUUCCUAUAAUUACCAUACUGGUCUUUAUGAAGGAGUGGCACAUAAAUUUUGUUCUGAAAAAUACAGGGCACCUAAUUUUGUACCUGUAUUUUUCCAUAAUUUGUGUAACUAUGAUAGUCAUUUUAUAGUGCAUGGGCUUGGUUUGAUGGAAGGCGACAUUGAACUGAUUCCAGAGAACAAAGAGAAAUACAUUUCAUUUUCUAAGAAUUUGCAAAUAAAUAAUCGCACAGUUAAAUUGAGAUUUGUUGAUUCACUUAAAUUUAUGUCCAGUGGUCUUGACAAAUUGGCAAAAAACUUGUUGCCUGAACAAUUUCAUGAAUUAAAAUUGAAUUUUUCAUGCGAAGAGGAUUUUAAACGCUUAUUACGAAAGGGUGUAUAUCCCUAUGAACACAUGUCAUCAUACGAUUCUUUAAACUUAACAGCUCUUCCCUCUAAAGAUGAUUUCUUUAGUUCCUUGUCUGAUAGUCACAUCUCAGAGGAGGAUUAUGAUCACGCAAAAGAUGUUUGGUCUCAUUUUCAAUGCAAAAAUAUGGGUGAUUAUUCUGAUUUAUAUUUAAAAACUGAUGUUUUAUUACUAACUGAUAUAUUUGAAAAUUUUAGAAACCUUUGUCUUAAGACGUAUGGAUUAGACCCCGCUCAUUAUUAUACUGCUCCGGGAUUAAGUUGGGAUGCAAUGUUAAGAACUACAAAAAUAAAACUAGAACUCCUAACUGAUAUCGAUAAAAUUGCUUUUAUAGCGAAAAAUAUUCGAGGUGGCAUAUCACAAUGUAGUAAUAGAUAUGCGAAGGCUAAUAAUAUUUUUUUGUCAGAUUAUAAUCAAAAUAUCCCAUCGUCAUUUCUUAUGUACUUUGAUGCAAAUAACCUUUACGGGUGGGCUAUGUCUCAAUGUCUUCCUACCGGUAAAUUUGAAUGGGUAAAUACAGAUACUGACUUUAAUAUAUCUGAUGACGCUGAUCAUGGUUUAAUUUUAGAAGUUGAUCUCGAAUACCCUAACGAGUUGCAUGACUCUCAUUCAGAUUUGCCAUUCUGUCCUGAAAACGUUUGUUUGGGUAAUUCCAAAGAAAAAAAAUUAAUUCCUAAUUUAAAUAAAAAAACGAAUUAUGUCAUUCACUAUAGAAAUCUAAAACAGUGUUUAAAAAAUGGUUUGAAAUUGAGUAAAAUCCAUCGCAUUCUUAAAUUUCAGCAGUCUAUGUGGUUAAAAAGUUACAUAGAUUUGAACACCCACAUGCGAUCACAGGCAUCAUCCGAUUUUGAAAAAGAUUUCUUUAAACUAAUGAAUAAUUCAGUGUUCGGUAAGACCAUGGAAAAUGUUGCAAAACGUGUAAAUGUCAAAUUAUUAAAUAACUGGGAAAAUCGAGGAAAAACGCAGGGGGUUCAAUCUUUGAUAGCGAAACCCGAGUUCCAUAGUUUAUCCAUAUUCUCUGAGAAUUUAGUGGCCGUUCAGUUGAAAAAAACUAGAAUAUUUUAUAAUAAACCGAUUUAUUUGGGAUUUUGCGUAUUAGAUAUAUCAAAAACUUUGAUGUAUGACUUUCACUACAGCUACAUGAAAACCAAAUAUCCAGACAAUCUUAAGCUUCUUUAUACAGAUACUGAUAGCUUAGUAUAUCAAAUUUUCACGGAAAAUUAUUACGCAGAUAUAAAAUCAGACCUUAAUUUAUAUUUUGAUACAUCUGACUAUCCUCCUAACAAUAAAUAUGAUUUGCCGUUAAUUAAUAAAAAGCGAUUAGGGUUUUUCAAAGAUGAAAAUAAUGGUAGAAUUUUAAAAGAAUUCGUAGGUCUGAGAUCUAAAAUGUAUACCUUAGAUGUUGAAAAAUAUGACGAGAAUGAUGAGAAAACUGAAAAAUACGGUGUUUUAUCAAAAGCCAAAGGAGUCAAUAAAUGUGUUACAAAAAAAUUUACUCUUGACAAUUACAAAACGUGUUUAUUUAAUAAAAAUUUGCAACGCGCUCAAAUGCUAAGAUUUAAAUCUAUAAAACACAUAAUAUUCACUCAAAAAAUAAAUAAAAUAUCAUUAUCGCAUGAAGAUACAAAACGAUACUUAUUAGAAAACUCUUCUGACACUCUUGCGUGGGGUCAUUAUAAAAUACCGCAAUAAUUAAAAAGUUUCAAAGUUGUAAUUUAAUCACACAGAACAUUCGAAUUCCAAAUUAUUGUU